AUGAAGUUGCUUGAACUUGGGAUAUUGCUUUUGGUAGCAGUAGUGGUAUGCGGAGCAGCCGAAAACGGAAUCGUUUUUGAUUUGACGCGUUCGCAACAAAAUGUAUUCGUGGAUGAACACAAUAACUACAGACGCCAAACCAACCCUCCGGCUGCUGACAUGCGUGGAAUAAGUUGGGAUAGUGAACUGCAGGACCUUGCGGAAAUGCACGCUAAGAAAUGUACCUUCGAACACAGCAACAGAAAAUCUAAAAUUCCUCAAUUUCCUCAAGUGGGUGAAAACAUUUAUGUUGGGAGUGGAAAAAAUGUGGACAAAGUCAUUAACGAAACAACGAAAAGUUGGCACUCUGAGGUGGAAUCGUACAUGUACAAGGACAAUAGUUGCCGUGAUAAAAGUAUUUGUGGUCAUUACACGCAAUUGGUUUGGGCAAAAAGCUUCAAACUCGGAUGUGCUGUAGCAAAAUGCUCGUACGUAUUGUUUUACGCUAUAACAACUGUCAUUGAUCUGCCACUGCAAGAUAAAUAA